AUGGCUUCUAUUGAUCAUAGUGUUCAAGAUGAAUUAGUAGAUUAUGAAGAUGACGAUAAUAUAUUAGAUAAUAAGGAUACAAAGGGAAGUUUAGAAAAUAAUAUUUUAAAUGAUAAUAAUAAAAAUGUUAAUGAAAAUGGAGCAAUGAGAGGUAGUUAUGCAACAGUUCAUACAGGAGGAUUUAAAGAUUUUUUUUUAAAACCAGAGUUGUUAAGAGCAAUUAGUGAAAGUGGAUUUGAGCAUCCUUCCGAAGUACAGCAAGAGACUAUUCCAGCUGCAAUUACAGGUACUGAUAUACUGUGUCAAGCAAAGAGUGGAAUGGGAAAAACAGCUGUUUUUGUUUUAUCCAUUUUACAACAAUUAGAUACUAAUGAAAAUAAAGAAAUAAAAGAUGAAAAAGAAAUAAAUAAUAUUAGAACAAAUGAUAGCAAUAAUAUUAGUGAUGAAUUGAAAAGUAAUAAUAAAGUACAAAACAAAUAUGUUAGAUGUUUAGGUUUAGCACAUACACGUGAAUUAGCUUAUCAAAUAAAAAAUGAAUUUGAUAGAUUUAGUAAAUACUUAAAAAAUGUUCGAUGUGAGGUAGUAUAUGGUGGUAUAUCAAUGAGUAAACAUAUCAAAUUAUUUAAAGAAGAAAAUAUUCCUCAUAUAAUUAUUGGAACUCCAGGACGUAUUCUAGCACUGAUAAGAGAAAAAUAUUUGAUAACAGAUAAAAUUCAACAUUUUGUAUUAGAUGAAUGUGAUAAAUGUUUAGAAAAAUUAGAUAUGAGAAGUGACGUUCAGAAAAUAUUUAUAUCUACUCCCUUAAAAAAGCAAGUAAUGUUUUUCUCUGCAACAAUGGCAAAAGAAAUGAGAGACGUUUGCAAAAAAUUUUUACAAAAUCCAGUGGAGAUAUUUAUUGAUGAUGAAGCUAAAUUAAAAUUACAUGGUUUAUUACAACAUUAUGUAAAAUUACAAGAAAAAGAUAAAACAAGAAAAUUAAUAGAAAUAUUAGAUGCUUUAGAAUUUAACCAAGUUAUAAUUUUUGUUAAAUCUGUCACAAGAGCUAUUACUUUAGAUAAAUUAUUAACAGAAUGUAACUUCCCAUCAAUAGCAAUACAUGGUGGAUUGGAACAACAGGAAAGAAUUGAAAGAUAUGAUAAAUUUAAAAAAUUUGAAAACAGAAUAUUAGUAUCAACGGAUUUAUUUGGAAGAGGUAUAGAUAUAGAAAGAGUAAAUAUUGUAAUAAAUUAUGAUAUGCCUGAAAAUUCUGAUUCAUAUUUGCAUAGAGUUGGUAGAGCUGGAAGAUUUGGAACAAAAGGAUUAGCUAUAACUUUUGUUUCAUCUCAAGAAGAUACCCUAGCAUUAAACGAAGUUCAAACAAGAUUUGAAGUUGCCAUAUCAGAAAUGCCCAAUAAAAUCGAUUGUAAUGAAUAUAUUAACCAAUAG